AAAAAGAGAAUGUAGGCUGGUUAUUUCUGAAGUCAGGAAGAACGCCUGUCCUUCCUCUAUUGUGGGCUUUUUGGCUGCUUUGACACUUGAACUGAAGGUCUUUGCUUUUGUUCUCCUCUUUUUCACUCGCAAUGCUGAGACUCAGAUUGCUGUAGUGAGGGGUAAAAAAAAAAGUAAAACUAGGAGCUCUUUAAUCCUAGAAAAAGAGCUUUGUAGCAGUUACCUUCAAGAAAAGCUUACUUCCCAGAGGAGUAUUUAAUAUUACAUGGUCACUGACUGACUGAAGAGAGAGAGAGAGAGAAUGGAUAUAUAAGAGAAUGAGAAUAUGAAAAUUCAAGCCAGCAAGAAAGAAAGAUACUUAGCUAAAGAUGAAGGGGAAUUUUGCCUCUUCUUGAAAGUUAUAUUAUUAGCCUUUUUUUUUUUUCUUAAAUCAUGAUGACUGCUAGUUUUGUUUAAAGUAUUUGUUCUGGAAAUACUAAAGUUGGAGUCUACCAGACUGAGGUUAGAAGCAUUUUCUUUGGCAGCAAGAAGACACUUUUAUAGAAGCCAUGCCUGUACUUGGGGUUGCCUCAAAACUGAGGCAGCCAGCUGUUGGGUCAAAGCCUGUUCAUACUGCUCUUCCGAUACCAAAUCUUGGCACUACUGGGUCACAGCACUGUUCUUCAAGACCUUUGGAACUUACUGAAACAGAGAGCUCAAUGCUUUCUUGUCAGCUCACAUUACACUCAACCUGUGAAUUUGAAGAGAAGAAACUCCUCCAAGGAAAAACGAAGGAGACAGAAGACAGCAAGAUUUACACGGACUGGGCUAACCACUACCUAGCAAAAUCAGGCCACAAGCGGCUGAUCAAGGAUUUGCAACAAGACAUUGCAGAUGGAGUACUGCUAGCCGAAAUCAUCCAGAUCAUUGCAAAUGAAAAAGUUGAAGAUAUCAAUGGAUGUCCUAGGAGUCAAUCUCAGAUGAUUGAAAAUGUUGAUGUCUGCCUUAGCUUUCUAGCAGCCAGAGGAGUAAAUGUUCAAGGUCUAUCUGCUGAAGAAAUAAGAAAUGGAAACUUAAAAGCCAUUCUAGGGCUGUUUUUCAGUUUGUCUCGCUACAAGCAGCAACAACACCAUCAACAGCAGUAUUACCAGUCCUUGGUGGAACUUCAGCAGGGCAUCUCUCACGCCUCCCCUCAGGCAGAAGCCAGUCAGGCCAAAACCCAAGAUAUGCAGUCCAGUCUGGCAGCCAGAUAUGCAACUCAGUCUAAUCACAGUGGAAUUGCAACCAGUCAAAAAAAGCCUACUAGGCUUCCAGGUCCCUCUAGGGUGCCAACUGCAGGCAGCAGCAGCAAGGUCCAGGGAGCCUCCAAUUUAAAUAGGAGAAGUCAGAGCUUUAACAGCAUUGACAAAAACAAGCCUCCAAAUUAUGCAAAUGGCAGUGAAAAAGAUUCCUCCAAAGGACCUCAGCCAUCUUCAGGUGUAAAUGGUAGCAUGCAGCCCCCCGGCGCGGCUGGGCAGCCCCCUGCCUCCGCCAUCCCUUCUCCCAGCACCAGCAAGCCCUGGCGCAGCAAGUCCAUGAACGCCAAGCACAGCGCCACCUCCACCAUGCUGGCCGUGAAGCAGGCGAGCCCGGCCACCUCCCCCACACCGUCUGCAGACAGACUGAAGCCCGCUGCCUCAGAAGGGGUCAAAACAGCUCCCUCGGGACAGAAAUCCAUGCUUGAGAAAUUCAAGCUGGUCAACGCCCGGACUGCUUUACGCCCCCCACAGUCUCCCAGUUCAGGACUCAGUGAUGGUGGGAAGGAGGACGAUGCCUUUUCUGAAUCUGGUGAGAUGGAAGGUUUUAACAGUGGUCUGAACAGCGGUGGCUCAACAAAUAGCAGCCCCAAAGUGUCACCUAAAUUAACCCCUCCAAAAGCUGGAAGCAAAAAUCUCAGCAAUAAAAAGUCUUUGCUACAGCCAAAGGAAAAAGAGGAAAAGGGCAGGGACAAAACUAAAGUGUGCACUGAAAAACCAGUCAAGGACGAGAGAGAUCAGGUGAUGGAGCCGGCUCCAAAAAAGGCCUCUAAAAUUGCAAGCUUAAUCCCAAAGGGCAGCAAGACGACGGCAGCCAAGAAGGAAAGCUUAAUCCCAUCCUCCAGUGGGAUUCCGAAACCUGGCUCCAAGGUGCCCACGGCGAAGCAGACCAUUUCCCCUGGCAGCGCAGCAAGCAAAGAGUCUGAAAAAUUCAGGACUACCAAGGGAAGCCCUUCCCUGUCUUCACCUAAGCCCAUCACCACUGAGAAAGCAAGCACAUCCAAUUGCCCUGCUCCUCUGGAAGGAAGGGAGGCCAGCCAUGCUUCCCUGGCUGGUUCCUGUGCCGCGCCCGGGGCGCAAGGCAGUGCGCAGGGCGGAAAUGGUGCUGUCCAACUCCCUCAACAGCAGCAGCACAGCCACCCCAACACCGCCACGGUGGCUCCCUUCAUUUAUAGAGCACAUUCAGAAAAUGAAGGUACCUCUUUACCAUCUGCCGACUCCUGUACCAGCCCCACUAAGAUGGAUUUAUCAUAUAGUAAGACAGCUAAGCAGUGCCUAGAGGAGAUAUCUGGUGAAGACCCUGAAACAAGAAGAAUGAGAACAGUUAAAAACAUAGCAGAUUUGAGGCAGAAUUUGGAAGAGACUAUGUCUAGUCUUCGUGGGACCCAGAUAAGCCACAGCACCCUUGAGACAACAUUUGACAGCACCGUGACGACAGAAGUGAAUGGAAGGACCAUACCCAACUUGACAGGUCGACCCACUCCCAUGACCUGGAGGUUGGGCCAGGCGUGUCCUCGACUUCAGGCUGGAGAUGCUCCCUCCCUGGGUGCUGGCUACCCCCGCAGCGGUACCAGUCGCUUCAUUCACACAGACCCCUCGAGGUUCAUGUAUACCACGCCUCUCCGUCGAGCUGCUGUCUCUCGGCUGGGAAACAUGUCACAGAUGGACAUGACUGAGAAAGCAAGCAGUGACCUGGACGUGUCUUCUGAAGUUGAUGUUGGUGGAUAUAUGAGUGAUGGAGAUAUCCUUGGGAAAAGUCUCAGGACUGAUGACAUCAACAGUGGGUACAUGACAGAUGGAGGGCUGAACCUGUAUACUAGAAGUCUGAACCGAAUACCAGACACAGCCACUUCCAGGGAUGUCAUCCAGAGAGGAGUUCAUGAUGUGACAGUGGAUGCAGACAGCUGGGAUGACAGCAGUUCGGUGAGCAGUGGUCUCAGUGACACCCUGGAUAACAUCAGCACCGAUGACUUGAACACCACUUCCUCGGUCAGCUCUUACUCCAACAUCACAGUCCCUUCCCGGAAGAACACUCAGCUGAAGACCGAUUCAGAAAAACGAUCUGCAGCAGAGGAGCCCUGGGAUAGUACAGAGGAACUGAAAAAAACCGAGGAGGACUUUGGUAGCCAGGGGGAUGGGGGUGGCAAGUGGAAGGGCGUUUCCACCGGACUUCCUGAAGACCCCGAGAAGGCGGGGCAGAAAGCCUCCCUGUCUGUUUCACAGACAGGUUCCUGGAGGAGGGGCAUGUCUGCCCAAGGAGGAACGCCAUCUAGGCAGAAAGCUGGGACCAGUGCGCUCAAGACCCCUGGAAAAACCGAUGAUGCCAAAGCUUCUGAGAAAGGGAAAACUCCCCUGAAAGGAUCGUCUCUACAGAGGUCUCCUUCGGAUGCAGGAAAAAGCAGUGGGGAUGAGGGGAAAAAGCCGCCCUCGGGCAUUGGAAGAUCAACGGCCACUGGCUCUUUCGGGUUUAAGAAACCAAUCGGGGUGGGGUCAUCUCCGAUGGUCACAAGCAGUGGAGCCGCCAUAACGAGCGGUUCCGCGACGCUGGGUAAAAUCCCCAAAUCUGCCGCCAUCGGUGGGAAGGCCGGUGCGGGGAGGAAAACCAGUUUGGAUGGCUCCCAGAAUCAGGAUGACGUGGUGCUGCAUGGUAGCUCCAAGACUUCCCUCCAGUACCGCAGCUUGCCCCGCCCUUCGAAAUCCAGCCCCAGCGGCAUCCCGGGCAGAGGUGGCCACAGAUCCAGCACCAGCAGCAUUGAUUCCAACGUCAGCAGCAAGUCAGCCGGGGCCACCACCUCGAAACUCAGAGAACCCACCAAGAUUGGGUCGGGGCGUUCCAGUCCUGUCACUGUCAACCAGACAGACAAGGAGAAGGAAAAAGUAGCAGUCUCAGAUUCAGAGAGUGUUUCUCUGUCAGGUUCCCCCAAAUCCAGCCCCACAUCUGCUAGUGCCUGUGGGACCCAAGGGCUCCGGCAGCCAGGAUCCAAGUAUCCUGACAUUGCUUCUCCGACAUUUCGAAGGUUGUUUGGGGCCAAGGCAGGUGGCAAAUCUGCCUCCGCACCUAGCACGGAGGGUGUGAAAUCCUCCCCAGUAAUGCCCAGUCCUAGUACCACAUUAGCGCGGCAAGGCAGUCUGGAGUCGCCGUCGUCCGGCACGGGCAGCUUGGGCAGUGCUGGCGGGCUCAGUGGCAGCAGUAGCCCUCUCUUCAAUAAGCCCUCAGACCUAACUACAGAUGUCAUAAGCUUAAGUCACUCGUUGGCUUCCAGCCCCGCGUCGGUUCACUCUUUCGCCUCGGGUGGUCUCGUGUGGGCUGCCAACCUGAGCAGUUCCUCUGCUGGCAGCAAGGACACUCCGAGCUACCAGUCCAUGACUAGCCUCCACACGAGCUCGGAGUCCAUUGACCUCCCCCUCAGCCACCAUGGCUCCCUGUCUGGACUGACCACAGGCACCCACGAGGUGCAGAGCCUGCUCGUGAGAACGGGUAGUGUGAGAUCUACUCUCUCAGAAAGCAUGCAGCUUGACAGAAAUACACUACCCAAAAAGGGACUAAGAUACACCCCGUCAUCUCGGCAGGCCAACCAAGAAGAGGGCAAAGAGUGGUUACGCUCGCAUUCCACUGGAGGGCUGCAGGACACCGGCAGUCAGUCGCCCCUGGUCUCCCCUUCUGCCAUGUCGUCUUCUGCAACAGGAAAAUACCAUUUUUCCAACUUGGUGAGCCCAACCAGUCUGUCUCAGUUUAACCUUCCGGGGCCCAGCAUGAUGCGUUCCAACAGCAUCCCAGCCCAGGAUUCCUCCUUCGAUCUCUAUGACGACGCCCAGCUCUGUGGGAGUGCCACAUCUCUGGAGGAGAGGCCACGGGCCAUCAGCCAUUCGGGCUCAUUCAGGGACAGCAUGGAAGAAGUUCACGGCUCUUCAUUAUCACUGGUCUCCAGCACAUCUUCUCUUUACUCUACGGCUGAAGAAAAGGCUCAUUCAGAGCAAAUCCAUAAACUACGGAGAGAGCUUGUUGCAUCACAAGAAAAAGUUGCUACCCUCACAUCUCAACUUUCAGCAAAUGCUCAUCUCGUAGCAGCUUUUGAAAAGAGUUUAGGGAAUAUGACUGGCCGACUGCAAAGUCUGACCAUGACAGCGGAACAGAAGGAAUCUGAACUGAUAGAACUAAGAGAAACCAUUGAAAUGCUCAAGGCCCAGAACUCUGCUGCCCAGGCGGCCAUUCAAGGGGCGCUGAACGGUCCAGACCACCCUCCCAAAGAUCUCCGCAUCAGAAGACAGCAUUCCUCUGAAAGUGUUUCUAGCAUCAACAGUGCCACAAGCCAUUCCAGCAUUGGCAGUGGUAAUGAUGCUGACUCCAAGAAGAAGAAAAAGAAAAACUGGCUGAGAAGCUCAUUCAAACAAGCCUUUGGGAAGAAAAAGUCCACCAAGCCUCCUUCCUCGCACUCGGACAUUGAGGAGCUGACGGACUCUUCCCUGCCGGCCUCCCCCAAGUUGCCCCACGGUGCCGGUGACUGUGGCUCAACCUCCAUGAAGCCCUCACAGUCCGCCUCCGCGUCGCCCCUUGCCUGGCCACCAAAGAAACGGCAAAAUGGCCCUGUGAUCUACAAGCAUAGAUCCCGGAUCUGUGAAUGCACAGAGGCUGAGGCAGAGAUAAUUCUGCAGCUGAAGAGUGAGCUCAGAGAAAAGGAAUUAAAAUUAACGGAUAUUCGGCUGGAAGCCCUCAGCUCUGCUCAUCAUCUUGAUCAGAUCCGGGAAGCCAUGAACCGGAUGCAGAACGAGAUUGAAAUCCUGAAGGCUGAAAAUGACCGGCUGAAGGCGGAAACCGGAAACGCAGUGAAGCCUGCUCGGCCCCCGUCGGAGUCCUCGAGCAGCACCUCCUCCUCAUCGUCCCGACAGUCGCUGGGGCUUUCUCUGAACAAUCUGAACAUCACGGAGUCUGUUACCUCAGAUAUUCUGCUCGAUGAUGCCGGUGAUGCAACGGGACAUAAAGAUGGUCGCAGUGUGAAAAUUGUAGUUUCCAUAAGCAAGGGCUACGGUCGAGCAAAGGACCAGAAGUCUCAGGCCUAUUUGAUAGGAUCCAUUGGUGUUAGUGGAAAAACCAAGUGGGAUGUCUUAGACGGUGUGAUUAGACGUCUCUUUAAGGAAUAUGUGUUCCGAAUUGAUACAUCCACUAGCCUUGGUCUCAGUUCUGACUGCAUUGCCAGCUACUGUAUAGGAGAUUUAAUCAGAUCUCACAGCCUAGAAGUGCCUGAACUCCUGCCUUGUGGAUACCUUGUUGGCGAUAAUAAUAUUAUCACUGUGAAUCUGAAAGGGGUAGAAGACAACAGUUUGGACAGUUUUGUUUUUGAUACGCUGAUUCCUAAGCCAAUUACCCAAAGGUACUUUAACUUGUUGAUGGAGCAUCACAGAAUUAUACUCUCGGGACCUAGUGGUACUGGAAAGACCUAUUUAGCUAACAAACUUGCCGAAUAUGUAAUAACCAAAUCCGGAAGGAAAAAGAUGGAGGAUGCAAUUGCCACUUUUAAUGUGGACCACAAGUCUAGCAAGGAAUUGCAACAGUACCUAGCUAACCUGGCCGAACAGUGCAGUGCUGAUAAUAACGGUGCAGAGCUUCCUGUUGUAAUAAUUCUUGAUAAUCUUCACCACGUGGGCUCUCUGAGUGAUAUCUUCAAUGGUUUCCUCAACUGUAAAUACAACAAAUGUCCGUAUAUCAUUGGGACGAUGAAUCAGGGAGUUUCUUCAUCACCAAAUCUAGAGCUGCAUCACAAUUUCAGGUGGGUACUAUGUGCAAACCACACAGAACCAGUGAAGGGCUUUUUAGGCAGGUAUCUCCGCAGGAAACUGAUAGAGAUGGAAAUUGAAAGUAACGUACGCAAUAAUGACCUAGUCAAAAUUAUAGAUUGGAUACCCAAGACGUGGCAUCAUCUCAACAGUUUUUUGGAAACACACAGUUCUUCUGAUGUUACCAUUGGUCCUCGACUUUUCCUUCCAUGCCCCAUGGAUGUGGAAGGUUCUAGAGUAUGGUUCAUGGAUCUCUGGAACUAUUCUUUGGUACCUUAUAUUCUGGAGGCAGUGAGAGAAGGUCUUCAGAUGUAUGGGAAACGUGCACCCUGGGAGGAUCCCUCAAAGUGGGUGCUUGACACAUACCCGUGGAGCUCGGCGUCUUUGCCUCAGGAGGGCCCAGCGUUACUUCAGCUGCGACCAGAAGAUGUUGGGUAUGAGGGCUGCGUAUCCACGAAGGAAGCUACAACCUCAAAGCACAUUCCACAAACAGACACAGAGGGGGAUCCCCUGAUGAAUAUGCUAAUGAAACUCCAAGAAGCAGCCAAUUACUCGGGCACACAGAGCUGCGACAGUGAUAGUGCCAGCCACCCUGAAGAUGUUUUGGAUUCCUCUCUUGAAUCUACCCUCUAGAGGGUGAAAAAGUUAGGGGAAAAGACUAUGCUUUAAAAAAAAAAAAAAAAAAGUUUAAAAAAGAAGGUAUUUUCACUAAACCACUGCCA